AUGAGUUCCAUCCCUGAGGCUAUCACGCCGACGUCCGUCCUGUCGUGGCAGUGUGCAGCUACGCUCCUCGUCAUAUGGAUUACCUGUUGUCUAGGGCGCGCCAUCUACAAUGUCUCGCCUCUACACCCCCUCAGCAAGUUUCCUGGUCCCAAACUGGCUGCCGCUUCGUAUGCUCCCGAGUGCUGGUACGAUUUCGUGAAGAAGGGGCGGUAUACCUAUGAGAUUGUCAAGAUGCACCAAAUCUACGGACCCAUAGUCCGUAUCAACCCUGACGAGGUGCACUGCAACGACGUCCGCUUCACCGACGAAGUCUACGCCAUCAACGGGAGAAAGAGGGACAAGCACAUCCACCACAUGAUCAACCUACCAGACCCCGCAACCUUCGCUACAUUUGGCACCCUUGACCACGAUCUACACCGCAGACGGCGAGCCGCCGUCGGCAAGUUCUUCUCCCGGCAGCAGAUGCUCAAGCUCGAGCCGCAAGUCCACGCAUCAGCGCAAAAGCUCUGCGACAAGCUUCUCUCAUUUGCUGGUCCUGAUGGCGAGGUCGUGCCUUUGCAAGACGCCUAUAGCUGCUUUACGACGGACGUGAUUACCGAGUACUGCUUUGGCGAGUCGUUUGGAUUUCUUGAGCAGAAGGAGUGGACGCCUAAUUAUCGUUCGGCUGUUUAUGGGGCACUGGUUCAUACGUUCCUAUUCAAGUUCUUUCCGUGGACGAAGAUCGUUAUGAAUGCUGGGCCGUAUCUCAUGAAUUACCUACCUAGGGACACGGCCAUCUUCAUCAAUACCUACGCAACCGUCAUCCCAGCCCUCGUAGAGAAGGCGAGAGACCGCAAAGUGACAGGCACAGAUAUAUACCAACACUCGCCUAACGUCUUCGCCGCCUUAUUCGACUCCGAUCUCCCGCCCGAAGAAAAGACGGUUCCACGACUCACGUCCGAGGGUGCCAUCAUGAUAACCGCAGGAACGGAAACAACAAGCUACACGCUUACAAUGAUCAGCUUUCACCUCCUGUCGAACCCCAAAAUCUUGGAAAGGUUGACACAAGAGCUUCAAGGGGCGGUCAAGGAUCCGAAGCAUCUGCCAAACUGGCCGACGUUGGAAACAUUGCCGUAUCUGAAUGCCGUCAUAUCUGAGGGUCUACGGCUGGCGCCCGGCGGGUCGAUGCGCACUGGCAGAGUCGCUACCGAGGAGGAUCUCGUCUAUCGCGGGAAAUGGAGGCCAGAAGGGUCAGAUGUCGAUGUGGAUGUGUGCCAUGUCAUUCCCCGCGGGUGGGCGGUUAGUAUGAGCGCCAUCAUCUCACAUCUCGAUGAGAGGAUGUUUCCGAACGCCAAGGAGUUUAUACCAGAGCGGUGGAUCGAUGAGAACGGUCAGAGGAGGAGGGGGUUGGAAGCUGGGUUCAUCCCCUUUUCCAAGGGAACGCGACAGUGUGUGGGAAUGCCACUCGCAUACUCUGAGUUAUAUAUCGCUUUGACUUCAUUGGUGCUGAGGGUCUUUCCGCGUAUGAAGCUGUACGAUACUACUUUGCGCGAUGUUGAGUAUGACCAUGACUUGGGCGUGCCGAUUCCCGCGACCGAGAACGGUGUGAAGGUCAAGAUCAUUUAG